UGAAAUCGACACAAUCAGUCGUGAUGAAUUUUGUUACAGGCGUCUGGUCGUCCAGGAAAAGACAGUAUACACGAAAAUUAUGUGGUCCAGGUAUCGGCUCAUUUGGGUAAAUUCUGAAUUAAUUUGAGUCAGGCAAGACCAUACCAAACAUGCUGACGUCUGAUAGUGUGUGCUACAUUUUGUUAGAGAUUUUUUUUUGCUGCACGCUUUGGUCCCAAAUCCUUUCCGUGUGUUGUUGGAGGCUCUGACAUGACACACGAGGGCUAGCUUCAAACGUGGUUUAAAUUAGCUAGCUAGCAUACCGGUAGUUAGGAUUCACAGUAGCCAAUAAUCAACACAUUUGUAAUGCCGUGCCAGUAUGUACAUUGCCAGAGAGUAGGUAACGCUACUGUGAACUAGCUAGCAGAGUUAUAUAUUAGUUAAAUGAACCAUCUUAAAGGCAUGUUUCUCUCACCGUGUGGUGUCUAUAGUACGUCUAGCCGGUCGGCUGAGAAGGUUAACAAUGGCAAAAUAGAAGGCAAUGGUCAGGUGUCUUGUUUUCCUUCCUCGGACCCAACUGAAGGCACUCAAAUGGGGAGCCAUACCCUGGAGACCAUGACCUAUUCGAGUCAUUCACACAAACGCUGGAAGCUCUCAGCCGUCCAAUCAAACACAAGGCUAGAGCUAUUAGUCCCUCACUCACUCAAGAGCAGGGAAAAGUACAAACUUCAAAUGGAGCCUUCCAUUGUCUCUGCUCCAUUCCUCCCUCGCGUAGCUAUUAGCAACCACGGGCUUGAACCUGACUCAGAGUGCAUUGCUCCCACAGACAACACUCAAGCAAAUCUGAGAUCAGAUCUAAAGCAGAUCUCUGUGUCUCAUACCUGCUCUGACCUGCCCCUGAGUCAGUCCCCCUCCAUGCACUCCCCUUGCCCUCCCUCCACAGUGCACAUCAAUAGACAGCCCUUGCCAGUCACACACGCCUCUUACCUCUGCUGCAGCCCUGUAGCACAGGUCCACGACCCAUCCCUAACCACAACCGCAGACCCUAUUAGAUACACAAACCAUAGACGACACCGGAAAAGAGGCAUAAAGAACAACAGAAAAGGAGUCUCUCCUCUCUCCAUGCGACUCAAGAGGCAGUCGCGGCGCCGGUGUAACAUCCAGUUCUGGUGGCAAGUGUGGAGGAAGUGGGGGCACAGAAAGUGGUGGAGAGCCAGGUGUCUCCUCUGGUUCUCAAUGAUCAGAGCUAAAAGACUGGCGGAAACCAGGAGGCGCCUGUCUAUUUUCAACACACAGAUGUCUUAUACAUACACUGGGGAAUUGGAGGAAAGUCAGAAAUGGCAGAAGGUACGCAAGGGAAAAGAAGUGGUCACUACGGCCAUUGCAUGUGAUGGUCAAGGCCUGGACAGUGCAGAGGACAGCCAGGAAAAGGGGAGUUUGGAACAGAAGGUGUGUCCGUCUGUGGGCACAUCAGUGCUGUGUAGCAACCCUGUCAAGGAGGAGGACCAGGGCACAGUCAGAGCUAGGGAUACGGCCACCGCCACUAAACAGGACACGUUGGUGACAAAGCGACCAGUGCCGUAUCCACCUCAGAGCCGGUGGGCGUCCACGGACUUCAGCUGGGAAGCAACAACGAAGCUCAUCCAUGAGUUCCUUGACUGUUUCUAUGUGAAGUACGGAAGUUUCAUCCCAUUGAGCAAUAACGAUGUACUGAGGCACCUUAACAAGAAGCUGAACACUAACCUUACUAAGGGGCAAGUACAUAACAAAUACAACAGAGAAGACAUGGUUUUGGUUCCCUCACUUCAUAAUGCAAUAUGUGUAGUAUGCCCUGUUUUUCCUGAUCAUGUGGCCUGACUUGGGUAUACUAGGCCACGGCUGCCCAACCCUCUUCCUGGAAAGCUACUGUCCUGUAGGUUUUCAGUCCAACCCUCUUCCUGGAGAUCUACCGUCCUGUAGGUUUUCAGUCCAACCCUCUUCCUGGAGAUCUACCGUCCUGUAGGUUUUCAGUCCAACCCUCUUCCUGGAGAUCUACUGUCGUGUAGGUUUUCAGUCCAACCCUCUUCCUAGAGAUUCACCGUCCUGUAGGUUUUCAGCCCAACUGUAAUUUACCUGAUUCUAUUUAUUAGCUGUUUAUUAGCUGCACACCAAGCUGAAUCAAGUAUUUUAGGUUAGGGUUGGACUGAAAACGUACAAAACAGUGGAACUCCUGGAAGAGGGUUGGGCAACCCUGCUCUAUGCCCUAGCUGUAUCUUCUAUAUCUGGCCCUGGACAGCUUUAGACCCAAGGUAUAGCCUAUCCUGUUGAGGUCACAUGGUCAAGGAAAAACUCAGGGCCCUAGGAAUUAUGAAGCUCUCUACUAAAUAACAAAACAAUGUUCUGUUCUGCCCUCCUUCAUAGGAAGUAUUUCAUCUCUGUGGUAGUAAUGAAGUACCAGGCUGUCCUAGCGCAUAGAAUGAUGCCCGCUUUCCGGGUGGUCUACAACAAGCACACUCUGACACUGGAAGACUUGUCUACGCUGGACGAUCAGAACUGGCUCAAUGACCAGGUCAUGAAUAUGUAUGGAGAAUUAAUCAUGGAGUCUGCACAACACAAGGUCCAUUUCUUUAACAGCUUCUUCCACCGACAGCUCAUGACCAAAGGAUAUGAAGGGGUGAAGAGGUGGACCAGGAAGGUGGAUCUCUUCUCCAAGGAGCUGCUGCUGGUACCCAUCCACCUUGAGAUCCACUGGUGCCUGGUGACGGCCGACACCGCCAGCAAGAGUAUCCACCUCUACGACUCCCAGGGCAUCGUGUUCAAGGAGGCUGCUGAGAAUGUUUUAGGGUACAUACAUACUGAAGCGAAGGAGAGGAAGCAAACUGCAUUUCAAAAUGGCUGGAAGAUGUAUAUCAGCGAGAGAAUACCACAACAGACAAAUGAAAACGACUGUGGAGUUUUUGUGUUAGAGUACUGCAGGUGCCUUGCCUUGGGGAAACCGCUGCACUUCUCCCAAGGGGACAUGCCGACUGUGCGAAAGAGAAUCUACAGAGAGCUCUGUGAAUGCAAGCUCCAGGACUUACAAAAUUGACCUUUCACCUUUUCACCAUCCUCACUCACCUCACCUGGGUCAUACUAAUUAGGGCACACUAUAGAAAAAUGUUUUGCAAUGGUAAAAAAAAAAGUAGAUAUUGCCAAGAAUCCUUGAGCCAUAGAAAAGGGGGGGGGGGGGUUUGUCUCGACCCUGUGUCUUUGUGUUAGCUGAUAUAUUUAAUUAGUGGAGAAGCAUCUCCACCCCAUAUUCUGACGACCUGUUAUUUCAAGCCGCAUGGUAUCAGACUGACUAGCUGGCAUUUAUUUUAGCCAAUGGUGUAUCAGGGUGUAACAAAAUAUGUUGUGAUCAGUCUGUAAUGACAGCAGACUAGUUGGUCUCCUAGAUUUUUAUUUUAUAAAGAACUGGUAUGAACAUGACAACUCUAUAUACAUGUGUCCACUGUUUUUCAAUGGUUAUUGCAUUAUUCUACAUGAGCUUACGUUUAGACUAUUGUUGAAGGCGGCAGACCGAAUAGCAACUUACCAUUGAAUGUAUUGAACAUACGGAAUAUAUUCAAUGUAGUUUUUGUUCACACUUUCGUUAUAGUUUUGUGUUUUAGACGUUUCUGUAUGGGUCAAAUUUCAGUUUUUUGCAUUGGAUAAAUUGCAUUCAUUUAAAUGUAAACUGUUGUCCCUUAGAUUUGCAAUUUACUUUUAAGACUUAAGUUUUCCUAUUAUGUCAUGCCUCUAUCUCCCGGAGGCUCAGUUCUGUAACAGGUCAGCAGGAGGUUCAUUUGGAUCCGGGUUUGAGCUGUUAAAAGGUAAAUCAGGGCCCAUAUUCAUAAAGCGUGUUAAGGUAGGACUGCUUUGAGAAUACAGGCCCAGAAGGAUAUGUCAUGUUUUUUUGUGUUUGUCUUUGAAAGUAAGGUGACAAUCUGGAAUUUGUAUUUUUUAUUUAACCAGGCAAGUCCGUUAAGAACAAAUUCUUAUUUACAAUGAUGGCCUACCGGGGAACAACUGCCUUGUUCAGGGGCAGAACGACAGAUUUUUACCUUGUCAGUUCGGGGAUUGGAUCUAGCAAACUUUCGGUUACUGGCUCUAACCACUAGGUUACCUGCCCCCCCCCCCCCCCCCCCCCCAAUAUUGAACAAAGUUAUUGUAAAGUAUAUGUACAUAGUAAUGUUAAAGUAACAUAAAAUCCAUUUGAUUUAGAGCCAAUCUGUGCAUUAUUUUACCUAAUGUAUUGUACAUAUUUUCUCAACAGAUUUGAUAUGCAUGUUGAGAUGAUGAAUUAUGGCGAUAUAUAUAUACAUACAUACGUUUGGACACAUGUACUCAAGACAGGAUUUUUCUUUAUUUUUACUACGUUCUACGUUGUAGAAUAAUAGUGAAGACAUCAAAACUAUGAAAUAACACAUAUAGAAUCAUGUAGUUACCAAAAAAGUGUUAAACUAAUCAAAAUAUAUUUUAUAUUUUGAGAUUCAAAGUAGCCACCCUUUGCCUGGACAGCUUUGCUCACUCUUGGUAUUCUCUCAACCAGCUUCAUGAGGGAGUCACCUGGAAUGCAUUUCAAUUAUCAGGUGUGCCUUGUUCAUUUGUGGAAUUUCUUCCUUUAUUAAUGCGUUUGAGCCAAUCGGUUGUGUUGGGACACGGUAGGGGUGGUAUACAGAAGAUCCCUAUUUGGUAAUAGACCAAGUCCAUAUAUGGCAAGAACAGCUCAAAUAAGCAAAGAGAAAUGACAGUCCAUUAUUAAUUUAAGGUAUGAAGGUCAGUCAAUCUGGAAAAUUUCAAGAACAUUGAAAGACAAAAAUUGCAAAAACCAUCAAGCGCUAUGAUGACACUGGCUCUCAUGAGGACCGCCACAGGAAAGGAAGACCCAGAGUUACCUCUGCUGCAGAGGAUAAGCUCAUUAGAGUUACCAGUCUCAGAAAUUGCAGCCCAAAUAAAUGCUUCAGAGUUCAAGUAACAGACACAUCUCAUCAACUGUUCAGAGGAGACUUCGUGAAUCAGGCCUUGAUGGUUGAAUUGCUGUAAACCACUACUAAAGGACACCAAUAAGAAGAAGAGACUUGCUUGGGCCAAGAAACACUGAUGAGUCCAAAUUUGCGAUUUUUGGUUCAAACCACCGUGUCUUUGUGAGACGCAGAGUAGGUGAACAGAUGAUCUCUGCAUGUGUUGUUCCCACCGUGAAGCAUGGAGGAGGAGGUGUGGGGGUGCUUUGCUGGUGACAUUGAUGUAUUUAUAUUUCAAGGCACACUUAACCAGCAUGGCUACCCCAGCAUUCUGCAGCAAUACGCCAUCCCAUCUGGUUUGCGCUUAGUGGGACUAUUCAUUUUUUCCCCCAACAGGACAAUGACCCAAAACACCUCCAGGCUGUGUAAGGGAAAUUUGACCAGGAAGGGCAGUGAUGGAGUGCUGCAUCAGAUGACCUGGCCUCCAUAAUCACCCAACCUAAACCCAAUUGAGAUGGUUUGGGAUGAGUUGGACCGAAAAGCAAGAAAGCGGCCAACAAGUGCUCAGCAUAUGUAGAAAUUCCUUCAAGACUGUUGGAAAAGCAUUCCGGGUGAAGCUGGUUGAGAGAAUGCCAAGAGUGUUCAAAGCUGUCCUCAAGGCAAAGCGUGGCUACUUUGAAGAAUAUGAAAUGUAUUUUGUUGGUUACUACAUAAUUCUAUUUGUGUUAUGAUUCCAGGCCUCCCGAGUGUCGCAGUGGUCUAAGACACAACAUUUAAUUACAAUAGGUGUUACUGCAGUACCUGAUUCGAAUCCAGGCUGCAUCACAUCUGGCUGUGAUUGGGAGUACCAUAGGGCUGCGCACAAUUGGCCCAGCGUAGGCCGUCAUUGUAAAUAAGAAUUUGUUCUUAACUGACUUGCCUAGUUAAAUAAAGGUAAAAUAAAACAAAAAUUGUCAUAGUUUGUCUUCACUAUUAUUCUACAAUGUAGAAAAUAUGAAAAUAAAGAAAAACCCUUGAAUGAG